GCUGGUCUCCUUCGGCAUCCAGAAAUGCAGCGUUUUUGUACACAGCAUCAAGGAACAUCUCUUGCUGAUGUCCACCAAAGCUUCAGUAAUCUUGAUAAGAUUAGUGCUCUUAUAAAGAAACAGAGGCUUCUCUCCUAUCCUUUUGGCCAGUCAAUUGCCGCUGUAAUUAUUUUACAAUGCAUUGCAAAUGCAUUACUAACAUAUCUCCAGUAUAUCCAAGGGUAUUACUUCGAUGGUAUUAACCUUCUGGUUACUUGUUUCUUCAAAGAACAAGUAAAGAUAAUACUAGAUCGGGAAUCCUUUGAGAUUGAUAUGGGCUUCAAACGUGUGCGAGAUAAAGACAUCAACGAGAUCGUCUUUGCGGCCUACCUCCCAGAGAACGAAAAGAUUUUUACAUUUGCCCGAGUGUUCAUCAAUGCACAGAGCUCUACCGCUUACACGAAAGCCUUUGAAGCCCUAUUUGGGCUUCUAUCUUCUAAACUCGAGCGUGAAAUUCGCUGGAAGCACUUACAUGGUACUGGGUUUGCCUGCAUUGUGACCGAUAUGGACAGAGGCCAGCUUCAAGGAUGGGGCCAAUAUCUAUCUCAAAUUGAUGGCUCACAUCGUCCAUGGGAGUGGCAGGCUCGAAAUACCGUCAUGCUCUGUUAUAUACAUUUCAAGCGAUCCAUUGAUCGUGCAGCAGGCACUUCAGGCCAUAAUACUAACUCUAUCCAUGCACGCAUGGGGGAAUUAGUACGCUGCGAAUCACAGGCGGACUACUUUCAGCUCUGCAAUGAGCUUAUCAGUACUUCCUCUGAGAGUGUGAAGGAGUGGACUCGGCAUAAGAUGCAGCCUUCAAUUGCGUGUGGCCUUAAUAAACAUUGCUCAAUGAUUGCUAGUGAGGUCUGGGAAAGGACUCGGAAUCACACUAAUGCUACUGAGCAAACACGCUUUAAGAGUAACUCUUUUGGCCGACAACUCCCUCUACUUCGAGCAAUUCAUUCAAGCCAGAUCCUUGAUAAGUAUGAUGUUGAUAGAUAUAACAGCCGGGCAGGCUAUGGAAUCUCGCUUUCAUGGCGGAAUACGUCGCUAUCGGAGAGGUUCGCAGAGGCUAUUAGAAGAGAUCGUUCAAGGAGGCGAGAGUCAGAAGAUGAUAACGAUGGCUCGGUAGAUACCGAGCUACUCCCACCAGAGCCCCAAAGAAGACGCGUUUCAAGAUCUUCGAGCUCACGCAGCUCUUCUACAAGACGAAGGGGAUCGGCGCAGAGAGAUACAUCACUCGCUCUCUGCCGUAUGGCCUCCGAGAACAUACUUAACCAAAGCCAAGAACGGCAAGAUAUGGAGCUAGAUCAGACGGAAAAGCAAUUAAGAAUUGAGUUGAUGAGGGAAGAACUACGGCAAAAGCGACUUGAGAAUGAUAGAAGAGAGUUAGAAAACCAGAGUCUAAGUCGGGGACUAGAGUAAUGCUUUUCUAAUGUAUUAGAAAUGUAUUUAACCAGGGCAAUUAUGUAGGUGAGAUUUUCCCACCAAAUGAGAUUUUCCCACUAAAUGGGUUUUUCCCACCAAAUGGGUUUUUCCUACCUGUACUAUUUAGUAUAGAAUAAA